GGGGUGCUGGUGGCUGCGGGAGCCGGGUGGGACCUCGGCGAUGAUCCAGCAGUAAGGACUUGGGGUCCUCUUCUUAUGUCAGGUGGUUGGGGCAAAGUGUAGAAGCAGUCAAAGAUCACCUGCUUGACUAGGCCUUUUGCCCUGAACCUCAUGAAGAAAUGAUAGGAGGCAGACCCAUGUGCCUACGAAGAGCACUGAGCUCAGAGGAGAACAACACGGAGUUUUGGGGGUGUGCUUUGUUUUGUAUACAUCAAUGGCAGAAUCCUCCAGUGAUUCAGAUCAAUUCCGCUCUCGUGGCCGAUUGGGUCAAUGGCCUACCAGGUCAACCUACGGUGAAAAUCGAAAUCGUCCUGCAGUAGAUGUUACUCAGAGGGUCAACACUAUAACAAGUACUCUACAGGAUACCAGUCGGAACCUGCAACAAGUCGACCAGAUGCUUGGACAAUAUCGAGAAUAUAGCAAUGGACAAGCUGAUGCUAUAGAACAAUUAAAAGAAACCUUGGAGCAAUCAAUAGGUCAACUGCGGAGUCAACGUUUACUGAGAAACUCAGGAACGAGAAGCAUUUCUGUUACAAGUCUGAGUGCAAGUGACCUCGAUGGUGGCACUGUGACAGAGAGCCACCGUUUUCCACCUACCUCACCCCUCAAAGACUAUGGGGAGCACCAAGGUAUUAAACGAAGUAGGUCCAGAACUGGUGUGCGAUUUGGCCGGGAUCCUGAUGACAUGGGCCAGAUUCAUGCUUUUCAUCAGUCUCUUCGAGAUCUCAGCAGUGAACAAGUUCGCCUUGGAGACGAUUUCAACCGGGAACUCGCCAGAAGAAGCCGGUCGGAUGCUGAAACAAAAAGGGUUUUGGAAGAAUUGAGUGAAAAACUUAGUGAAACUCAAAAACAAGAAGUGGUUUCAGAUAGGGUGGAGCGUCGGCUUCAGGAAAUAGAAAGAGAGAUGCGCACUGAAAGAGAGCUGGUGGAAAAACGGCAGGAUCAACUGGGACUUAUUUCUUUGCAGCUACAGGAGGCAUUGAAGAAACAAGAAGUUAGAGCAGAGGAGAAUGAUGGAGUCAUGAAAAAUAAGCUAAGACAAACUGAAACCGAGAAGAGCCAACUUGAACAGGAAUUGGAGCUAUCGCGAAGGUUAUUGAAUCAAUCAGAAGGCAGCAGAGAGACACUUUUGCGACAAGUAGAAGAACUUCGUAUGCAACUUAUGAAAGCAGAAGGUGAUCAAAAAGGGUUACAGCCUCAAGUACCUCAUAUUUCCAAGCAACAAUUAGACCAUCAGGAUGAACGUGGAGAUGACCGGAAGUUUAGGAGAGGAAUUGAGUGGGGAAAAGAGGAUCUGGAGAAGCAGAUGUCAGAUUUGAAAGUACAGCUGAGCUUCAACGCAAUGGCAUCUGAGUUAGAGGAAAUGAAGCGGUGCAUGGAGCGAAAAGACCGGGAGAAAGCACAUUUGGCAGCACAAAUAGAGAAUUUAACAUGCGAGUUGGAGAGCAGGGAGAAACAGCAGUUACAGAUGUUGGAUCAACUGAAGGAGAUCCAGAAUCACUUUGAGACAUGCGAGGCCAAGCAGAAGCAUGCUGAGCUCCAGAUCUCAGAGCUCACGCAGCACGCCGAGAACGCAACCAGGCAGGCCGAACAGUACCUCCUGGAGUUCCAGCAGUCAGACGCCCUGCGGCAGGAGGCCGAGAAGAGGCGAGAAGAACUGAAACACAGAGCCCAGGAGGUCAUUCGGCAGUGGAAGCUGAAGCAUAAGAAGUUAGAGCGAGAACUGGAGAAGCAGUCCGAAUCUCUUGAUCAGCUUUCAGACAGGAAUAAUCAGAUUUCAAAAGAGAAGGAUGAAUUGAGAAAUCAGCUUUUUGCAGCAUUGCAACAAAUGGAGAACCUUCGAAAGGAAUUGAAUGAAGUCUUAACCAAACGUGCCCAUCAAGAGGAGGAACUUCAUUCUAAAGAAGAUAAGCUAAGUAAUAGUCAGGCUCGUCAAGCUGAUCUUGAACUAGAAGUCAAGGAAUCCAUGGACACCAUUCGUAGGCUAGAGACCGAAUUGAAAAUGCAGACUAAGACUCAAAGUCAGAUGAAAGCUGAGAAAACUCACCUGGAGGAGGAAAUUGCAGAGCUAAGGAAAAGCCAAGCCAAGGACAGAGCUCAGCUUCUUGAGAUGCAGGAAUCCGUCAAGGACUUGAGUGCUAUCCGAGCAGAUCUUGCUAGUAAAUUGGCUGAGGAGCAGAGAGCCAGGAAAGAAGCGCUUAAGAACCUCUCUGAUCUCAAGACACAGACAAAAUCCACCGAUGAAGAAACAGCUACAAUCAUCACACAACUAAAGCUAGAGCGAGAUGUUCACCAGAGGGAGCUGGAAGAUCUCACAACAUCACUGCAGAGUGUGAAAAUGAAACAUGAGCAAAACAUCCAGGAACUGAUGAAGCACUUCAAGAAAGAAAAGAGUGAGACCGAUAAUCACAUUAGGACACUGAAGGCAGAAAGCUUAGAAGAUAAGAAUAUGGCAAAAGUCCGUCUCUGUCAGCUAGAGAAGUUGAAAUCACAGUGUGAGCGGUUGACAGAGGAAUUAACCCAGACUGAAAAUGAAAACAAAAAAAUGAAGCUGAAGUAUCAAGACCUGAAGGACAAACUAGAAGAAAAGGAAAAACAUCUAAGCAAUGAAGAACAGAACUUAAGGAGGAUGGAAGAGGCCAGAUUGCAGCUCAAGGAUCAACUUCUUUGCCUGGAGACAGAACAGGAGUCCAUCCUUAGUGUGAUAGGAAAAGAAAUUGAUGCAGUAUGUAAAACCUUCUCCAGGGACUCCAUGGAGAAACUGAAAGUUUUUUCAUCUAGUCCUGAUAUUAAUUAUGACCCACAUCGCUGGUUAGCAGAAAGCAAGACAAAACUUCAGUGGCUCUGCGAGGAACUGAAAGAGAGAGAAAGCAGAGAGAAAAAUCUGCGACAGCAGCUCGUGGUGUGCAGACAACAACUCAGAAAUUUGACCGAAAACAAGGAAUCUGAACUACUGUGUCUCUUUGAACAGAUUGAAAGGCAGGAGCAGCUUCUGGAAGAAAUACAUCGUGAGAAGAGAGAUCUGCUGGAGGAGUCACACAGAAAAGAUGAAGAAAUGGAAUCUCUGCAGCCAAAGCUACUGUUUAAAAUUCCACCUUGGGAAGAUGCUAGUCAGACCACAAUGAAAAAUCAGAAUGAAGCUCAAUUUGAAGAAAAAGCAGACCGUGUAAAUGCCUUAGAAACGAGUACACGGGUGGCCUUGGACCAUCUGGAGUCUGUGCCUGAGAAACUGAGCCUACUAGAAGAUUUCAAAGACUUGAGAGAUUCCAGCAGUUUUUCUGAAAGAACAGAUGGGAGAUACACUAAGUACAGAGUUCCCAGACAGUCAUUUCAGCAGCAGCAAGACGGCACCAAGUACAGAUGCAAAAAUUUCAAAGUUGAUAGAAGCUUUACUGAAAGUUCUCUUACUCGUGGGUUAGAUCACUCACCCACUUGUCAGGGUCACAGCCGCUUCCUGUCUAGUCCACAGUUUUCACUCUUGAAUUCAUUUACUCAAAGGUCUGUUUAUCCUGAUCCAACCUCAAUCAAGGAAGAUGCUAUAAAUUUACCGAUGGAUGGAGCAAGUUCACAAUCCAAAAAGGAAGACUUUAAGAAUGAAAAAAGGAAAAUGUAAUUUGUUGCCUUACCUGAGAAUUUUACAAAUAAUAACAGCUCUACCCUCGCUGCAGUUUGGCCCUGACUCAGUAUAUCUGCAGCUUCUGUUCAUCAGUAUAAAGAAGAAAACUCACUAAGAUAGCAACGCAGUUGAUCUUCGUGAAUGGUACAAGUUAAAUCAAUCCAAAUGACACCAGCUCCUAAAUGAUAUUUUAUUGGCAACCAAUUCUAACAGAGUGGUAAUAUUUUUCACUUUGUAUUUUCCUUUUUUUCUGGUCAGAUUUAUACAACCAAAAUUUGGAUUUCUAAUUGAAAUUGUUCAAAAAUUACUGGAUUCAAAAGGACAAGAAAUGAGUUCCCUUGAAGCAGAAAUUGCCAGCAUUUUAGAUUCAGGGAGCAUUUUAUAUUGAUGUUUCAAAUGCUUUCUCCCUAAUAAAUUUUCAUGUGUUGUAACAUGUCAUGGAGAUAUGCUUAUAUGAUACAAGACAGUCCACUUCAUAAAUGCCCUGGAUUGUUACCAUGCAUCAUCUCAGCAGUCCAUUUUCCACCAUCCAUUUUAAUACCAUAAAGAACUUACAAAUGAUAUGCGGAGCACUAUAAAAUCUAUAGCACAAUUUAUUUAUUUGUUGGAUUUUGUGUGUGUAUGUGUAUGUGGCCAAAUAUCUCCCCGUGAUCACUUCAGUCAUAUCUUGGGUAUCUUGGGUUGCUACCUCUGACCAAAGUCACAGAGCUAAGCUCUUGUGUCCAUAAGAUUUACCCUCCAGGGGUUCUUAUCUGAUUUGUUAUUUAUUUUCAACACCACAGAUUUUCUCAACGUCAAAGUAUUUUUAAGAACUCGCCUACUUUAAUGCUGAUCAACUUGUGAAGAAAGAUAUGUACUGAGUGCUAGAAAAUAGAAACAUCCAGGAGUUGAAUCUGACUCUGGGCAGAGACAAAGAU